AAGCACUGCCCUGACCCAGUCUUGUUUUGAUUAUUAGGUCCAAUGGACUGGGGUGCCAGCCCAGCACUAUUGAGAGCAGAGUUGGAAGCCAACAAACAGGAGUUAUGUGCUGAUGCUAGCACUGACAAACGACUCAGGCAAAAGAGAUCAUGACUUCUGUCAAAGAGCAGGAAGCCAUCAGGAAGCUCAUGGUUUUCUUGCAGGAAUGGGAUAGCGCCCACAAAGUUGCUCGAAGCUGCAUCCUGGACAACUUCAUUAAAAGCAAUGAUGGCAAGACAGAACCAGAGCUGGAGCUGGAGUUUUCCCAGGGAGCCAGCUUGUUUCUGGCUCGCCUAACAGCAUGGCUCAGGAUGACCUACAUGUACAGCACAUGCCUCAACAAGCUGCUCAAGUCCAUUGGCAUCUUCUUAUCUGCUGCAAGUGGACACAGAUACAUCAUUGAAUUUCUGGAGAUUGGAGGUGUCUCGACUCUCCUGGAAAUACUAGGGCUGAACCACCUGAAAGAAGAGGACAAAAGGGAGUCUCUAAAGCUGCUGCAGCUCAUCGCAGAUGCUGGCAGGAAGUAUAAGGAGCUCAUUUGUGAAAGCUAUGGGGUGCAAUCCCUCGCCGAGUUCUUGGCCACUUCCAACUCAACAGAGGCUCAAGAAGACACGCAGGCUCUGAUGGACUCUUUGGGCCGUGGCAAUCCCAAGUACCAGAACCAAGUCUACAAAGGCCUCGUUGCCGUGCUGCCGUGCACCUCCCCCCGAGUGCAGCAGCUGGCUCUGCAGACGCUCCGCGUCAUGCAGGACGCGGUGGGAGAGGCCCCCUCCGUCCUGGUGGAGCCCGUGCUGGGCAUGCUGGGCUCGGCGCACCUGGAGGUCCAGUACGAAGCCAGCCAGCUGCUGAGGGCCCUCACGGCCCGCGAGCUCCGGCCAGCCGUGCUGCAGGGCCUGGUUGCGUUACUGACGCCGCCCAGGAAGACAGUGCUUGCCUUCUGCGAAGAGACGGCCAAAGACCCAACUGCACUUUGCCUGAGGGAGCCCAUGCUGGUGUAUGUUCAGCAGGCAGCUGCCGCAAAAGUCAUUGGCGUAUUAGCCAAGGAGUCAGCAGAAGUGGCUGAAGAGCUGAUCCAGCUGAAAGUGGUACAUGGCCUGAUGAUUGCUGUGGGGAACCUGGAUCAUGCGGCCAGCCAGAGACAUGCCAGCAGCUCCCUGGCGUAUUUUGUCCACACGUUUCCCUUUGUGGAGGAGUGCGUAAAGAAGGCACUAGGACACACACUGUUCCAGCACUUUAUGGACAGUCCUGAGACCUGGUACACAGAAAUUGAUCCAGUCCAGGCUGAAGAACUGGCCUCCAAUACCAUAGACAUCCCCAGAUACAGGGUGAGCAGGAAUGACUGUCCACCAGAAGAAAAGAACACAACUUCAAUCCAGAACCAAAUCUGUGAAUCUCAAGAUUCACAGUGUUCCUGAAUGCUUAUGACAAGAAUUACCACACAUCCUUUCAGAGACUGGAACACUUUCCAUGAAGGAACCAAGCAGCUUUUUGUGAACUAAAUGAAGGAAAGCUACCCAGCCUGCAAUGUGCAAGUGUCAUCUUGUUAACAUAUGACAAAAGUCAGUCUUCUUUUUACUUGUCACCUCACCAGAGAGGUGUAGAGGCAUGUAAAGCAGAGACCAGGAGGCACAAACUGCUCUGUCACAGGGGUUCCAGGUACCAGCAAGACCCCAGGGAAACCUGGGGCUCAGUCCCUGCAAGUCUACCGGACCCUGUGGGUACCCAAGGUCAACCACCAGGCACUCAAAGCACACACUCCCAUCUGCUUCAAGACGUUUUUGUUCUCCGGGUCCUCCGGAUUUUGUCCAGAGUAUCCAAGGUGCCACACCUUAUCAGUUCCUAUCAAGAACACCAAGAGUCUUAUUUCAUCUGUAGCGCCAUGCCAGGAUGCAUUCUUAGCACACCACUUACAGAUGGGACCUGAAGUGCUACAAAAAGGCAUAGAGGUAGCCGUUCAGGAGAAUGUAAACUCCACACUGCCCUGUUUUCUGUAGGAAGUCUAGCAUGAGAAAUUCCUCUGAGGAAAGGAGACAGCCACAUUUUAAUGUCUCACACAGAACACCCAGGUUAGUUUCAUAAAAUAGUUUUAAGAUAAUUCGCUCCCAACCAACCAACCUCCAAACUGCCUUUACAGGCAAUGACAAGAAAACUUUUUGUCAGAAUAAAAGCAGCCAAAACACCUUCUGCAACAAGAGUAGAAUCCCCAGGUCAGAAAGGCCAUUACCUGUCAGCGUAUCUCAGGGUGUUUAAGGUGUACUCGCAUGAACUCAUGCCUGGAGAAAUCAUUGCUAUCUGCAAACAGAACAAAAUACCUCAGUGACUCCUAUAUCUGACUUUUGCUCAUGUUGAUGGUCCUGCAGAUCUCAUGAGGCAGCUGGGAUAUGUUAGAGCAAAGGGUCAGCAGUGAGACAUGCCGUCAAGUCCAUUUUCUUUAUAACGUGUGGGACAUGCCAGUGGCCCUGUACCCAGCUCCCCACUGGCUUUGUGUACACCCACUGUGCUGCACCCUCCACAGGAAGCAAAGCCCUUUGAGAACACACCAGGCUCUACUGUGGAUAUACGGUAUGAAAGCAACUUCUGCAGCCCUGCUGCUGCUGGGGCUGGGCAAAGCUCACCAGUUUUUGAUCUCAGUCACCAUGGGUGAGUGGAGGAAGAAAACUGUAUGACUUCUUUUUAAACAGAGAACAGAAGCUUUCUGACUUCAAAGUCCCCUCACUCUAGAAGAGGAGCAUGCAGCUUUUGGUCAGAUUGCAGAACCCAUGAGCAGUGUGUACAUUUGUGCCACAUGCAUACUCACCAUAC